GCUGGGUCUGGGUGCCGGGUGACAGCAGCGCUCGCGGAGCUUGCCUGUCGGCCCCCAGCCAGCAUGUCGUCCUUCGACACCAACCCCUUCGCGGAUCCAGUAGACGUAAACCCCUUCCAGGAUCCCUCUGUGACGCAGCUGACCAAUGCCCCCCAAGGUGGCCUGGCUGAAUUCAACCCCUUCACAGAGACAAAUACAGCAACAACGGUUCCAGUCACACAGCCUUCACAGCCGGCAGUGCUCCAGCCUUCAGUGGAGCCAACACAGCCAACACCCCAGGCUGUUGCCUCUGCAGCACAGGCAGGCCUGCUUCGGCAGCAGGAAGAGCUGGACAGGAAAGCUGCUGAGCUGGAUCGUAAGGAGCGGGAGCUGCAGAACUCUGUGGCCAAUUUACACGUGAGAGAGAACAACUGGCCACCCCUGCCGUCCUGGUGUCCCAUCAAACCCUGCUUCUACCAGGAUUUCUCCACAGAGAUCCCUGCCGACUACCAGAGGAUAUGCAAGAUGCUCUACUAUCUGUGGAUGUUGCAUUCAGUGACUCUGUUUCUGAACCUGCUUGCCUGCCUGGCCUGGUUCACAGCUGAUGCUUCCAAGGGAGUGGACUUUGGCCUCUCUAUCUUGUGGUUUCUGAUAUUCACCCCUUGUGCCUUCCUUUGUUGGUAUCGUCCCAUCUAUAAGGCCUUUAGGUCAGACAACUCUUUCAGCUUCUUCGUGUUCUUCUUUAUAUUUUUCUGUCAAAUAGGGAUCUACAUCAUCCAAAUGGUCGGCAUCCCUGGGCUAGGGGACAGUGGUUGGAUCGCAGCCCUGUCUACACUGAAGCAGGACCCCUUGGCCGUGUCAGUAAUCAUGAUGGUGGUGGCUGGCUUCUUCACUCUCUGUGCCGUGCUUGCACUCUUUCUUCUGAAACGGGUGCAUUCCCUAUACCGACGGACGGGGGCCAGCUUCCAGCAGGCCCAGGAGGAGUUUUCCCAGGGCAUCUUCAGCAACAGGACCUUCCGUGGUGCUGCCUCAUCUGCUGCCCGAGGAGCCUUCCAGGGGAAUUAG